CUUCAAGGUCCACUGUCAAGAUACUUGGACAAGUGGAAAUACUCAGUAACAGAGAAGACUAAGGAGGAAAAGAGUGUGGCUCUCAGUAAAUCUCAAAGGGAUUAAUCAAAUAAAACAUAUCCUCUCCUCUCUAACUGGAACAAAGUCGUACAAAGGCUCAGACAGUUUGGACACAGAUUCAUCAAGCAUUUGGAUGACCAUAUUUGGACAAACCGACAUUGAAGGAGAGAAACAUCUUUCCACAGGUUGAAACUACGACAAGUGGGAUAUCACAACUGAUCCUUGAGAAUCAACCUGAAGCCAGUUUCUAUUGAGACAUAAGACAUUUAAGUCAUAAGAUCACAACACAUCAUAGCACAGGGAGAGACAAGGUUGAAGGAAUUAUCAGAGGUGACCUCUACACAUACGGGACUCUAACAGAUCACACAGGCCCAACCAUGGAGGAGAGAAGGCGUGUGGGCUACUGUGUUCACAGAGAGGUGCUGGAUGAGGGAAAAGUGGACCAGUUGGCUGAGAAAUCAGAUGUUAGAGUCCCUAUCUCUGAAAAAAUCAGAGAGUCAUUGAGGUGUUCUGGCCCCAAGCUGAAGAGUUGUAUGUUGUCUUCUGUUCCUGUCCUCUCCUGGCUGCCUCGCUACUCCCUCAGAGACAACGCCAUCGGAGACCUGAUCUCAGGCAUCAGUGUGGGCAUCAUGCACCUACCACAAGGGAUGGCCUAUGCUCUGCUAGCAGCAGUGCCACCAGUGUUUGGUCUCUACUCUUCCUUUUACCCCAUCCUCAUCUACUUCAUCUUUGGGUCGUCCAAACACAUCUCUGUGGGUACAUAUGCAGUGAUGAGUGUGAUGAUCGGGGGAGUGACAGAGCGCUUGGCCCCAGACACUAACUUCAUGAUGUAUGAUAACGCCACCAAUCAGAGUAUGGUGGAUGUUUUGGCCCGAGACACAGAGCGGGUGAAAGUGGCUGCUGCCGUUACUUUCUUGUCCGGCCUCUUCCAGAUGCUCCUGGGCCUGGUUCAGUUUGGCUUUGUGGUGACCUACCUGUCUGAGCCCCUGGUCAGAGGGUACACCACCGGAGCAGCCAUCCAUGUCAUCGUCUCUCAGCUCAAGUACACCUUUGGCAUCAGUCCAAAACGCCACAGCGGACCCUUCGCCCUGAUCUUUACGGUGAUAGAGGUGUGCUAUCUGGUGCCAGAAACCAACAUAGGCACUCUAGUGGUGAGCCUGGUGUCCAUCAUUGGCCUCGUCAUGGUCAAGGAGCUCAACACCUACCUGGGCAAAAAGCUGCCAGUACCCAUUCCUGUAGAGCUGCUAGGGAUCAUCAUCGCCACGGUAGUCUCCUGGCAGGUCAACCUGGAGGGGAAGUAUGGAGUGGAAGUGGUGGGAGAGAUCCCCUCUGGUCUACAGCCCCCUGUCAUGCCUACAGCCUCUCUAUUUGGGCAGGUGAUAGGUGAUGCCUUCGCUCUGUCUGUGGUUGGCUACGGCAUUGCCAUCUCCCUCGGACGGAUCUUUGCCCUAAAAUAUGGCUACAAAGUUGACAGCAACCAGGAAUUGAUAGCCCUGGGUCUCAGCAACACCAUUGGAGGGGUGUUUCAGUGCUUUGCAAUCAGUUGCUCCAUGUCCCGCACCAUGGUACAGGAAAGCACUGGGGGCAAGACUCAGGUGGCGAGUGCCCUUUCAGCCAUGGUUAUUCUGGUCAUCAUGCUGUGGAUUGGGGCUCUCUUUGAAGAGCUGCCAAAGGCCGUGUUGGCAGCCAUAAUCUAUGUGAACCUGCAAGGGAUGAUGAAGCAGUUCAUGGACAUCCCAACUCUGUGGAAGAGCAAUAAAGUGGAUAUGCUGGUGUGGGUGGCCACUCUGAUCCUGACCGUGCUCUUCAACCCUGACAUUGGCCUGGCAGCCUCCAUUGCCUUCUCCAUGCUCACGGUCAUCUUCAGGACCCAGCUGCCGAAGUACUCCCUCCUAGGGCAAGUCCCUGAGACCGACAUCUACAGACCAGUGGAGAACUAUAAUCAGGUGAAUGAGAUCCCUGGUGUGGUGAUCUUCCGCUCCUCUGCGACUCUCUACUUUGCCAACGCGGAGAUGUACCAAGACGCCCUGGCAGAGAAGAGUGGGAUUGACAUCACCAAGCUCAUCUCCCAAAAGAAGAAAGCAGAGGCCAAGAGACUGAGGAAGGAAAAGAAAGAGGCCAGGAAAGCCAAGAAGGAUGCAAAGAAGAAUGCACAGGAAUGGGAAGGCGAGCCAGACAGUUCGGAGAACGAGGUGGAGAAGGGUGUGGCCACAGUGGAGGAAGGGAGUAAACCUGACUCCACCCUUCCUCGUGCCAUCAUCCUGGAACUGAGUCCAGUCAACUUCCUGGAUACUGUGGGCGUCAAGACUCUACGCAAUAUCCAAAGAGACUACGGUGAUAUCGGUGUAGAGGUAGUCCUGUGUGGAUGUCAGACUGGUGUUAUUGAGAACCUGGAGAGUGGAGGGUUCUUCAGUGAGAAAGUCAGCAAAGCAUGUCUCUUCUCCUCAAUCCACGAUGCAGUGCUUCACUGUCAGACAGACAGGGCCAAAAUAAACAAAGAUGACGAGGAAAUGCAAGCGACUCAUUUCUGAAUACUGAGGGUAAUGGAGGCAUCUUACUGUAUGGGACUUGGGUACUUAUUAAAAAGUUCAGAAUACUUGACAUUCAUAUUAUGUCCACAUAGUUUGACACAGAAAGAAAGUAUGAAAGAAAGAAUCAAAACGAGACACAGAUACAAACACUUCAACGAGACACACAAACCUUGACAACCCCAGAUGAAUGUUAGCCUUGUACUCCAUGCAAUGUGCCAAGGAUGUACAUUGAAACAGAAUAGUAUUAUUCUAUGACCUUCCUAUAAGCAAAUAGAUACACCUUUGGGGAAACUUUUAUAUUGAAAUAUAUUUACAUUUUCUGUGCUAAAUAAACUAUUGUAUAUGUAUUGUUUAAAUUGUUAACAAAUAAAAAAACAUCUAAAAACAUGUUUCUCUUC